CAUCGUAGGAUGAUCUAAAAAUGUACCAAGAAUUUGCGAUUAAUCCAAGAAUCUUUCUCAAAGAUCUACUCCGUACUGCCAAACAUUUAAAAAAACAUUUAAUGCGCAGGUCUGCCGCAGCCAAGUCCCCUCUCGCACACUUCUCCAAGUGAGUAGUUGCUGCAGAACAAAAAUGGCUUCAUCCGAUGGAAUCAUAAAUGAUUCACAAAUUCAAGAGAAGAAGGAAUGUGAAUAUGAAUUGUUGAGGGAAGAGAGAAUUAAGGAAAAUCAGGAAAAGAUUAAGAAACUAGGUUUAGUUAGUCUCUCCCUCAGAUUCAAGUCGGUCAAGCCCCAUAAAUCUCCCAAAACUCCCAAGUCGAUUUACCCUUUGCCCUCUUCUCAACCCCCUCGUCGCUCUUCCAGGCUGCAGAAUGUCAGCCCGAACUACACGGAAAUGCCUUCUCCGAAGAGAGUGAAAUGGUCAGAGUUAGAAGAUGAUUUGAUUGAUUCGAAAGAAGAAGUGUAUACGGAAGAACACGAGAAAUUGCUUGGCAGCACCGAAAUGGAUUGGACUCUAUUUGUAGAUGGGUAUGGAACUGAUGGGAAGCGGAUUUAUGAUCCAGUGGAAGGGAUAACUUGUCAUCAGUGCCGACAGAAAACUCUUGGUCUUCGAACCCAUUGCAGCAAAUGCAACAUGCUCCAUGGACAAUUUUGUGGAGAUUGUUUGUAUAUGAGAUAUGGAGAGCACGUGGUAGAGGCAAAUGAGAACGUGAAUUGGAUUUGCCCCGUCUGUCGUGGAAUAUGCAACUGCAGUUUCUGUCGACAAGCAAAGGGGUUUCCUCCCACAGGCACUCUCUACAGGAAGAUCAAGAAAUUGGGUUAUAAGUCGGUUGCACAUUAUCUUAUUCAAACACGAAGACAAAAGAUAGCCCCCAAGAAUGAUUCAGUUGAGAAGACAAAAGAGAAAGAGGCAUGUUAACACCAAUUAUAAUGUUAAUUGGUGUAUGAAGAGAAUGCUAAUUUUGUUCAUAUGGAAGCAAUACUCUUUGAUUAUUUUCUAAUCAACAAUAUUUAUGCAUCAUUGGUCAUUAGAUUAUUUUUGUAAUCAACAAUAUUUAUGCAUCAUUGGUCAUUAGAGAUUGCUGGUUUUCUCAGAUCCAUGAUCGUAUUAUUUUUGUAAUCAACAAUAUUGAUGCAUCAUUGAACAUUAAAUUAUUUGUGGCACAUUCUCAGAUAA